AUGCAUGCCUAUCAAUCAAUUGAAAUUCUGAACUUUACAGAUGCUCUACAAAUGCACCGUGGUAUUUUGAAGCAAUGUGUUUCGACUCGCACUUAUGGAAAUUGCUUUAUGAGACUUUCAUCAAUUUUACACCGAUUACGAUGGAUUUUCGACAGUUACGAUGCGUAUCCAAGCCGAAUGCUUGCGUAUAGGCAUUCUCCUACGCAAACGUUUGAAGUGGUGAUUGCUGGCUUGCUCAUCUCCUCGAUUACUAUGGCUUGCGCUGUGGUCGUGACGGGCCCAUUCUGUUGUCAGAAGUGUCGAAUGUCAACAACGUUCAUCGUCCUUCUGACGGGAGUAUGUGUCGGUACGGCCUGCUUUGUAUACUGGCAAGCAAAUCUGGAGGGCCAAACGUUCACAUUGCAACAUAUACCAGUACACGAUCUGUUCGCCUAUGAGUUUGGCCACGAACGGAGCGUCCUAGCUUGGUCAUUCUAUAUGGCAGUAGCCAGUGCUGGUCUAUUCUGUCUUUCGGCUAUCUUAUUA